AUGGAGCUACUCCGGCAAGCGGUAUCCGCCUACGAGCAGCUGGUCGUGGUGCAGGCUUCCCAAGUCGGGUACAUGGAAAAUGCGCUCCGGGGCCUCUUCUUCUUCAGCCCUGGCCGCUUUCGGGAGUCGGAGCUUGCCAUCGAGUUCGGAUACGGAGCGUUGGGGCUGCUGGGCAUGUACCACGACGUGGUGGUGCUGCGCCACUUUCGCCGCGCCACGGGAAGCGGCGAGGCGCGGCUGUCCAAGGCCGACUGGCUGCGCGUGGGACUCACCGCGCUGCAACACACGGAGCUCUUUGCCGAGGUGGCCGCCCAGCAUCGCCUCGGCUCUCGCGGCAAGUGGACCACCGUGGCCAUCGUCGAACUCCUCAAAGCGUUGGUGAGGCUGGGCCUGCUGGCCGUCCAGGGAGGUCGUAUGAUCGUCCAUCAGAAGGUCCCAGAGCGCACAGAGGUCCUCACCGAAGAGAACCAGCACCUCUUCACCGCAGAAGCGCUGGCCAAGAUCCGCAGCCGGAGCACGGGCGGCGAGGCGGCGGGUGCCACCGCGGCCAAGCAGCAGCCCGGCGAGGAGGAGGAGGACAUCCUCCUGCGGCCCCUCCACGACUCCUACCCCCCUCUUCCUCCCCCUCCGGCGGAGAGUGCUGUGCGAGGCGGACGAAGCCAGAGGGAGACGAUCCUCCGAAGGGGAGGGGCGAGAGGCAGGGCGGCGGCGCACCACCCGCACGACGCGGCCCCGCCCGCCCACGAGAGCGGCGGCCAGGCCCUGGCAGGAAGCAACGGCCCGCACGACAACGACGCCGAUGCUGCUGCUGUCGUCCUCAAGGGUUGGGCGCUCACCGGGGAGCUCCUCUACAUACUGCGACCUCUGGCCUACCUGGCGGCAAUGUACGUGUGGGGCGUGCGAUCGUGGCGAGCCUGGUGCUGUUCGCUGGCCGUGGACGUGGGGGCGUGGGCGUGCUCCUCCACGGCAUCCAAGUCCCCGUCGCCUGAGCUCAGUCGUCGCACCACCCAGUGGGCGUACUACCUGGUGCGCUCCCCCUUCUACGAGGCUCUGCUCACCAGCUGCGUGCUCCGUCGUCUGGCCGACCUGCUCAAGCGACUACCGUUCGUGACCGCUGCUCUCGGCAUGGCCCGAUCCUACAUCGAGGCGUACAGGGAGCGGUACUUCUACAUCAGCGGGUCGUCGGCCUGA